AUGGACGGUGAUCCCAAGGUCGAGUCGCAGCUCGACUCGUUCAGCUUAACCUUCCCUCUCCCCUAUCGCAUAGGAUUCGUCAUUGUUCUUGCCGUCUGGGGCUGGGGUGUCAACCUGCAUUACCUACACAAAGUCAAGAUCGAUGUACCCUCCCUGAUCCGAUAUCCCUCUCGGUCGUCCCCGACACAGCCGGCGCAUCACCUCUCGACGUAUCGCCUCGCGACCGUCCUCUCGACCGUUUUCUUCCUCUCGAUAUCGACGUUCUGGAUCUUUACCCGACGGACACCCUCGCUCGUCAUCGAAUAUGACUGGCUGCCAAUGACUUACCUCGUCGCCCUCGCGGCCCUGUUCUUCGUUCCCGUCCGCAAUUUUUCGCAAGGCGGGCGCUCGAGGUUCCUUGCUACGCUCCGCCGCGUCAGUAUCGGGGGACUGGCUGAGGCUAAGGAUGGAAAGUUUGGGGACAUCCUGCUUGCCGAUGUGUUGACGAGCUACUCCAAGAUACUUGGGGACUUGUACGUUGUGCUAUGCAUGUUCUUCACGCCGGCGGGCUCUUCGACUGCUCGGCCGGACCGCAACUGCGGUGGCACAGUCAUGGUGCCGCUUAUCAUGGCUGUGCCGUUCGCAAUCCGAUUCCGGCAAUGCAUCAUCGAGUACCUGCGAGUCCGACGAGCGCCUUACAAGGAGUCGGCGGGCUGGGGCGGUCAACACCUCGCCAACGCCACCAAGUACGCCACCGCCUUCCCGGUCAUCAUCCUCAGCGCACUGCAACGAAGCGUCCCGGCCGACCAGCCGGCGCCCGGUCUGAACAGGGCGUGGCUGAUGGCUGUGCUCGUCAACUCCCUCUACUCCUGGUACUGGGACGUCGCCAAGGAUUGGGAUCUGACCCUGUUCUCGUCGGCGCGCGAGCGCAACAACCCGGAGCAUCCGUUCGGUCUGCGCCGACGGCUUGUGUUCCAGCAGCCGAUCAUCUAUUAUGGGGUCAUUGCGAUGGACCUGAUGCUGCGCUGCACAUGGACAGUGAAGCUGAGCGCAAACUUGGACAAUUUCACCGACUUUGAGAGCUGCAUUUUCUUGCUGCAAUCGCUCGAGGUGUUCAGACGAUGGGUUUGGAUCUUCUUCCGGGUCGAGACGGAGUGGAUUAGGAACAACACGACAGGACUGGCGGUUGACGACAUCUUGCUGGGGGACUACCAGGGCAAGUACGAUUCUGACGAAGACUAA